AUGGAAUGUCAACGGUAUUCGGCUAUGUUUGAUGUCCUGGAGGCAGAUAUUGUUGUCUUCCAGGAAACCAAGAUACAAAAGAAAGAUCUCCGAGAUGACAUGGUACUUGUUCCCGGGUGGGAUUGCUAUUUUAGCCUUCCCAAAGUUAAAAAAGGGUAUUCUGGUGUUGUGAUAUACACCCGAAAUGCGACUUGUGCUCCCAUUCGCGCAGAGGAAGGCAUCACGGGAAUUCUUUGUCCUCCGAAUUCUUCCACUUCUUUUCGUGAUCUUCCGCCUGAUCAGCAGAUUGGCGGCUAUCCAACAAAAGAACAGCUUUCAGAGAUCGAAGUUGAUCCCGCAACACUUGACUCUGAAGGCCGAUGUGUUAUCCUGGAAUUCCCAGCAUUCGUCCUGCUUGGGGUCUACAGUCCGGCGAACCGGGACGAGACACGAGAUGGCUUCCGCCUAGCCUUUGUUAGUGCCCUCGAUGCUCGCGUUCGCAACCUAGUUGCAAUGGGGAAAAGGGUCAUCCUGGCAGGCGAUCUCAAUAUCGCCAAAGGCGAGAUAGAUUCCGCACAUUUGGCAGAGGCCAUACGUAAAGGAACCGCUACUGAAGACGAUUUCAUCUCGAACCCGGUGAGACGGAUUUUUAAUCAGUUGGUUUCUGAUGGCAGGGUGAUUGGCGAGAAAGACCCAGGAAGGGAGCUGCCCGUCUUGCAUGAUAUCUGCAGAGCAUUCCAUCCUGAUCGAAGGGGCAUGUAUACGUGCUGGGAACAGCGAAUCAAUGCUCGACCAGGGAACUAUGGAGCUAGAAUCGAUUACGUCCUGUGCAGUCUUGAUAUGCAGGAUUGGUUGUUGGAUUCCAAUAUCCAGGAAGGACUUAUGGGAUCCGAUCACUGCCCUGUUUAUGCCGUCUUCAAAGAUAAGGUGCCACUGGAUGGUACUGAGGUUGACAUUCGUGACAUUGUGAAUCCGCCAGGGAUGUUCAAAAAUGGCGAGCGCCAACGCGAAUAUUCAACGAAGGACUUGUUGCCUCUGUCAGGCCGCCUGAUUCCAGAAUUCGAUAGACGCAGGAAUAUAAAAGAUAUGUUCUUUCGCAAGUCAUCUGUCGGAAACAGCGCACCUCCCGCUCUAUCGAAAAGCGAUAGUCAGAGUUCGUCAGUAGCCUCUACAUCUGCUAUUGAUGAUGGAGUUUCCGUCGGUAAGAGUGCGCCAAAUAAUUCAGUCCCUGAGCAAGAUUCAGAAGCUCGACCGGCCAGCACUCCGAAACGGCCUCAGAAGAGAGAGAGUUUUGCACCGCCUCCAGCGAAAAGGGCAAAAUCGACAGGAGCAUCUACCAAAGGACAGCAAAGUCUAAUAGGUUUCCUCAAACCGAAGCGAGCCACUGACGAUACAAAAACUGCAGAAGACUCCUCGCAAAACGCGGGCAUAAAUGCGACCAGUACAUCAUCCCAGGCUCCCUCGGAAUCCUCCGCAUCUUCCAACACCAUUCCGGGUCCGCCAUCACAGCUCCCAGCGAACACCAGCUCGGAUCCAACAGUGGAGAGUGAAGUACCGACAACAGGCACUCCUACAGAAGCUGCUCAAGACGAGUUGAUUGUCGAUCCUAUAGCUAGCAAGGAGUCCUGGUCAAAGUUGUUCACCAAGAAGGCUGCACCUAAAUGCGAGGGCCAUCAAGAGCCUUGCAUUAUGUUGACUACGAAGAAGCCGGGAAUCAACUGUGGAAGGGCCUUCUGGAUUUGUCCAAGGCCAAUAGGUCCUAGUGGGAACAAGGAGAAAGGGACUCAAUGGCGAUGUUCAACGUUCAUUUGGGCGAGCGAUUGGAACGGUCCUGGUUGA